GUGUUCAUCGUUUCUUCCUUUGCAGUCGCCCGCUAUGAAGUUCCGGUACGCCAUGGUGUGUUCAUCGAACCAGAACCGGAGCAUGGAGGCGCAUUCACUGCUCAAAAAGCAAGGCUUCGACGUCUCCUCCUACGGUACCGGAACUCACGUGAAGCUUCCCGGUCCCUCCAUAAGAGAACCCAAUGUCUACGAGUUUGGAACCCCGUAUAAACAGAUGUUCGACGAUCUCUUCCGGAAAGAUCCCGCACUAUAUAAGCGCAAUGGCAUUUUGCCAAUGCUUAAAAGGAACUCAUCUGUCAAAUUGGCACCACAACGUUGGCAAGACAAUGCUGCUGAUGGCUCCUUUGACAUUGUGUUUACCUUUGAAGAAAAGGUUUUUGAUAUGGUUGUUGAAGAUCUCCACAACCGGGAUCACGUUCUUAUGAAAAGUGUGCUAGUAAUCAACUUGGAAGUUAAAGAUAACCAUGAGGAGGCAGCUGUAGGAGCCCGGCUUGCUUUAGAUCUUUGCCAAGAUAUUGAAGCAGCUGAAUCAUGGGAGGAAUCAAUAGAUGAUAUUAUAAUUGCUUUUGAGAACAAGCAUCGGCGGAAGCUGUUGUAUAGUAUCUCUUUCUAUUGAAGGCAUCCCAAUUGUCAAAUUCCUAUUAAGACUAUUCCUUUCAUUCCCAAUUCCCUCAUCUGUCAUUGUUGAUGAUGUUUAUCAUUGACUUCCCUUUCUAUUACCCCACACUCUUUGCUGCAUUUUUGUAAUUUCCCUCUCAUCCUUUUCGUUAAGCAGUCGCAGUAGAACAACCUCUAGUCCCAACCUUUAUGUAUCAUUCUUGUCCUUGAGGAGAUUGCUGGUUGCGAGAGGUUUAAAGUUAGCACAACUGAGUGCUUGGUUGUUACCUACUGGCCAGGGCAGUUUACAGGUACCUUAAGGGGAAAUGGUUUUGGGUAGCUGCUUCAGUAUGGCUUCCGGUCCUUGACUGUGAUCUAGAUGCAAUGCUUGUAAGCUCUGAAAAACUAAUCCAAAAUUGGCCGUUUAUUUUUUUAUUAUAGCAUAUUGUUUCAUAUUAUUCUUUCUAAGAGUUAAGAUCCAGAUGUCAUCCCGACAGAGCGUAAAACUGGAACCAUAGCCAUCUUGUAGAUUGCCAUGUGUAGGUUUAUUUGCCUGAUAAUUUUUUGUGG